AUGGUUCGGUCCUGUGUUGUAUAUAAAUGCCACAAUAAAGCCGACGCGGGGAGUAAGGAGAAAGGGGUCAGCUUUUUCAGAUUUCCAAAGGACAAACGAAAGCGAAAGGCUUGGGUUAAAGCCAUUCAAAGAGAUAAAUGGACACCAACUGAAGCGAGUUAUGUGUGCUCCGCCCAUUUCCAGGGAGGAUGGCACAGCGACGAUCCGGGGGACAUAAAUUUCAGGCCGACAAUUUUUUCGUACAAGGAAAAGAUCCCAAAUGAAAGAGAAAAAGCGCGGAAUCAACGAUUAGAUCGCAGGAAUAUUAUACAGGAAAUGGCUGAAGCAGAAAAUACAAGCAAGAAAAUCCUACAAAAGCACCAGGCCUUCUCCUUGAUGGUCAAUGAUUACUGUUUGCCACCAACAGCAGAAGGAGACAACAAAAGCAAUGACAACAUAAGCAAUGACAUAAACUUGGAUGACACUGACAUCAAGUCAUUUUCUGAUCAAGGUGUUCAAACGGAUCCAGAUCCUGUACACUUAGAGUGUGAACAACUCGCUCAGGAAUUGAAUAAAUGCUCUAAAGAUUUGACGAAUGCACGAUGGAAUACAGAAAAAAUCAAAGACAACGAUGCAAAAACAAAAUUCUACACUGGACUACCAACCUAUGCUGUUUUUCUUUGGCUGUUCAAUUUUCUGAAGCCUAAAGCAGAGAGGAUGGUCUACUGGACUGGUCCUUCCAAGACAGCGGGAAACCAAGAGAGGACAAGAGCGAGUACUGGCUCCUUAAAACUAAUAGACCAACUGUUUGCUGUAUUAGCAAGACUGAGGCUUGGGCUGUUUACCCAAGAUAUAGCAAAUAGAGUUGGAGUUUCAGUGGGCACUUAUUCUAAAUAUUUUACAACUUGGAUUUGUCUGUUACAUGCAGAACUCAAAAUAUUGAAUCAUUUCCCAUCUCGAGAUAUUGUAGAUUUAACUAUGCCAACAAUCUUUAAGAGAAAGUAUCCUUCUGUCAGAGUUAUAUUAGAUUGCACUGAAAUUUUUGUCCAGAGAUCCAGUAGUUUAGUUAACCAAAAUGCAACCUUUUCUAAUUACAAACAUCAUACAACCUUCAAGUUCCUCAUAGGUAUCACUCCUUCAGGCGUGAUCUCAUUUGUAUCUGAAGGAUGGGGCCGUGUUCCAGAUAAACAGAUAACUAUCAAGAGUUGUAAGGGGUUUACAAUCAGAGAAGCAUUACUGGAGAGAAAGUGUCACUUGAAUAUUCCACCUUUCAUGGGAUCAUCAGCACAGUUCUCAACUGAUCAGGUAUUUGAGACCCAAGAAAUUGCAGAGCUUCGCAUCCAUGUGGAGAGAAGUAUUGGGCGUGUAAAAAUUUUUCAUAUUUUUGACAGAGUUCUGCCCCUUUCUCUUGCACCCCUGGCCACUAAGUUGUUUAAGGUUGCAUGCUGGCUGUCAAAUUUUGAUGUGCAGAUUGUUCCUAAGUAAAUCUUGAGAUCAUUU